AUGGGCAGAGGUCCAGCUAUCCAGUGUCCGCUACUCGUUCCUCUUAGUCCGAGCCAACUGACGUACACACCCUUUCGCCUCCUCUCGUGCCACCGAUGUGGCCUUCGCUUUUGUCUGCCGGCUCAGCCCAAUUCUUCAUCCACCAACCUGAAUACUGAUUUAUCUCUUCAGCCGAUCACUCCGGUGACUCGAGCCAACCCAUCUUCAUUAGAUCCGCUAAUACAAUGCAGUAUCUGUCUUACUUGGUCGCAUCGCUCUUGCUACUCUGGCGAGGUCGAUAAGACUGCAUUCCGGCUUGACUGGGCGUGUGAUGGCUGUGCUGGAUGUUAUUCAGGUCAGCUGCUUUUUCGCUCAAAGCUGAUAAAUGGAGAGGCUAUAAAUAUUUACAUCUACUGA